GCGCCCGGGGCGGGGUCAGCACUCGUGCAGAAGCCCCGCCGGAACCGAGGAGUGCUGCCGCUGUCCCGCUGCCGUCGUCCCGCUGCCGCCAUGAUCAUCCCCGUUCGCUGCUUUACCUGCGGCAAGAUCGUCGGCAACAAGUGGGAGGCCUACCUGGGGCUGCUGCAGGCCGAGUACACCGAGGGGGACGCCCUGGAUGCGCUGGGCCUGAAGCGCUACUGCUGCCGCCGCAUGCUGCUAGCCCACGUGGACCUGAUUGAGAAGCUGCUCAACUAUGCGCCCCUGGAGAAGUGAGCGAGCACUGGCCGUCUGUCCUGCCGAGAGCCCCUCCCACUGAGGAGUGGGUAGCCCUGGAGCAGUGCCUGCCCACAGCUGUGUGGGCAUUGGUCUCCUGCUCUGGAAGGAACCGUCCAGUAAAGGUCUUUGCAGAACCACAGGAA